AUGCACACAUUCGCAAAUCCAAAUCCUGCUUUCAUUCCAGGCGUUCCGAAAGACCCAAAUGCCGAGUACACAAAGACCUUGGUGAUCGGGCGCAAGAAAGAGGAGAACACACUUUGGGUGGAUACCGAAUUGGAGGAUAUGCUAACCCCUAAGGGACCCCUGCGAACCGCCAUCUAUGUCGUAGACGACAAGACUGCAGAACUACAUACUCCAAAGAACAAGGGACACGAGGCUAUGGUAUACUUGUCGUACAUCAUUGACAAUUACAACAACCUCUCCGAUGUCAGCAUCUUCAUGCACGCACAUCGCUAUGCCUGGCACAACAACGAUAUCAUGGAUCUUGACUCUGCGCAGAUGAUCAGGAACCUCAAUCCCAAUCAUGUCAUCCGACACGGCUAUGUCAACCUUCGCUGUCAUUGGUCUCCUGGCUGUCCUGCAGAAAUCAGUGGUAUUCAUCCUGGAGCGCUGGUCGCUAAUGCCCAAAGGCAGGAAGAAAUGGUCAUUGCUGAAGCCUGGAGCGAGAUCUUUCCUUUGGAGCCGAUUCCACCCACAUUAUCGCAGCCCUGCUGUGCACAGUUUGCCAUUAGUAGGGAACGUAUCCAGGCUGUCCCUCUGUCCAAAUACAUCUACUACCGAGACUGGCUUUUGAAGACACCACUCUCUGAUAGUUUGUCGGGUAGAGUAUUUGAGCAGAUUUGGAUCUUCAUUUUCGGUGGUGUUGCAAUAGACUGCCCAGCCAUGAACAUCUGUUACUGCGAUGGUUAUGGCUACUGUUUUGGAGGUGCAGACAAGUUUGACGAAUUCUUUGAUCUACGCUAUAUCCUCAGAGAUCACGAAAACGAGGCGCACGAAAUCCGCAAGAACGAGGCUUUGAUCAUGGAAGCCAAAAAUGAAGGCCGGAUACCAGAAGAGACGGACAAUCUGGUCAUUCCGGAGCCUGGACGCAAAGAAUGGAUUCAUGACGAGAUUGAGAAGCUGCGUUGGCAGCUUGGAGGACUGAGAGCUGAGGCGUGGAACAGAGGACGAGAUCCUCGAAAUCGGGCUGCAGAAGCAGGUCGAGAAUGGAAAGAAGGAGAUGGUUUCUAG